AUGGGGCUACCUGGCAUGGCUGCUGAUUUUGAUGUUGUUGGGAUGAAAGAGAUUUCUUUUGUUGCCCUAAUUGAAGUGGAACACAGGAGUAUUGUUGUAGAGGUGGUUGACUCUGAACUUGAGAUUACUGGUAGGUUUGGGAGUGGAAUUGUCUUUGCUGAAAAGCACGUUGUUGUUGUUGUUGCUGUUGCUGUUGCUGGGUUGUCACAGCUUGGACGAUCUGUAAACCAGCAGAGGCUGUCACAUGAUUUGUCCUUGCUGCUGAAGUGGCACUUUUUGGUCUUUGGACUGCUCAAGUGGCGCAGCGUGUUUUCUCUUUUUGCUAGAGCACUCGGGAUUGUUGAAGCGAUGGGGCUACCUGGCAUGGCUGCUGAUUUUGAUGUUGUUGGGAUGAAAGAGAUUUCUUUUGUUGCCCUAAUUGAAGUGGAACACAGGAGUAUUGUUGUAGAGGUGGUUGACUCUGAACUUGAGAUUACUGGUAGGUUUGGGAGUGGAAUUGUCUUUGCUGAAAAGCACGUUGUUGUUGUUGUUGCUGUUGCUGUUGCUGGGUUGUCACAGCUUGGACGAUGUUCCAUCUCCCCUUACAUCCCCUUUGGUUGCCUUGAAGUUAUUAGGGAACAAAGAGGGCCUGAAUGCUAG